AUGGAAUCAGCUCAGCCUUUUGAGCUCACCGUUUUGCAGAAGCUGGACAAGCUUGUCGCAGAGCAGCCUGAUGCGCUAUACUUCAUCCAACCUGUUUCCACCGACAUCGCCGAUGGAUGGAAAGAUGUGUCUUUCAAGGAUUUAACCGACGCGAUUGAAUAUAUGGCUAUCUGGAUCCAUAACGAAGUUCCAUCCACAGAUGGCCCAUCGACCUUGGCUUAUCUUGGGCGCAAUGAUGUUCGAUAUUCUGCAUUCGUCUAUGCAUGUAUGAGGCAUCAACACACGGCGGUUCUACUGUCGAGCCGAAACUCAGAGCACGCCUCUUCACAUAUCCUGGGUGCUACGGGCUGUUCUAGGAUUAUUUACACACCCGAGCGCGCUCGCCAGGUAGAUGCACUACAAGCUGCCAAUACCUCCAUCCAGACAUGGCAGAUUCCUGACCUCUGGGACGUCUUUGGUGGAGAACCAAUUGUGACCGAUCGAUGCCUUGAUAUUCCUGCGCCGGGCAGUGACUUUGAAGAUAGGGUGGCAGUCUAUAUCCACAGCUCUGGGACAACUGGCAAGUCUUUCAACUUAGCUUACGAUAGAGGGUUUGACAAGGUUAACAAUGUCUUCAUUAGGGUUACCCAAGCCGGUUCCGUUAACAAAUGGCUACUUUCAGGCUUUGGAAAAUGCAGGGCCAACAGCCUUGUCGUGGUCGCAGAGCCGGGCAAACCGUUCUUCUCAAUGAGUCCAUUCUUUCACAUAAUGGGUCUCUUCAACAUAGUUGCGCCGUUGUGGUUCGGAACUCCAAUUCUUCUCAGUCCGGACAAGCCCCUCACAAUUGACUUGGUAUCGCGAAUCAUCGACGAGAAAAUGCCAGAGACCUCUCUCCUUCCACCAUCCAUCCUGGAAGAAUUGAGCUCUACGGAUUCCGGCAUGGAAGUCUUGAGCAAAUUCAGCACAAUUGUCUUCGGGGGUGCACCUUUAUCCCCCGCAGCCGGGGAUCGUAUCUCAGGCUCCGUACAUCUUCAAGGGCUCAUAGGAUCAAGUGAAAACGGCGUUUUCGGCACACUGAAACACAGGGACAAAGCCGAUUGGAGCUACUUCGAAUGGAACCCUAAUCAUGGCAUUGAAAUGCGCGACAUCGGCAACAAUCUUCAUGAGCUUGUCCUUCCCCGUGGUGAUUCCAGAGCAGCACAUUGCGUCUACCACAGCUUCCCUGAUCUCCAAGAGUAUUGCACCGGGGAUCUCUACACGAAACAUCCCAGCAAAAUUGGUUUAUGGCAGUACACUGGCCGGGUCGACGACGUGAUUGUCUUGAGCAAUGGCGAAAAGUUCAAUCCAACCUCAAUGGAAACGAUGAUUUCUUCGCAUCCGCUCAUAACACGCACCGUUAUAUUCGGGCAGGGUCGAUUCCAGCCUGGCGUCCUGGUUGAGCCGAACUCCGCUGAGUGGGAAGAUCAGCAGGAAUCUCUGAUUGACGAGAUUUGGCCAGUCAUUCAGAGAGCGAAUGAGACGGCGCCUGGGCAUGCUCAACUCAUGAAAGACAAGAUUGGAGUCUCAUCGAAAGCAAAACCUUUCAAGCUUACUCCAAAGGGCACAAUUCAGCGACGUUUAGUGCUACAAGACUAUGCCGACGAGAUUGAAGCACUCUAUACAAUACAGGACAACUACGAUUGCCAGCAGAUCGAAGCAGAUCUCCCGAUUGCUGGAAUCAUAGCUCAUGUCACCGCUGCCUUGUGUGCAGCGUCGUCCAUGAUUUUGAACGAAGAUGACGACAUCUUUGCAUCGGGGGUUGAUUCGCUUCAGACCUUACGUUUUGGUCAGAUGUUGCGAGAUUGCCUGAGAUUGACAUGCUCAACAAUACUCGAAACGGCAUUUAGCAACCAGCAGUUAUACUCUCAUCCAACAAUUCGCUCUCUGGCAAAGUACAUCUGGAGUCUUAUUCAUGGCGGGACUCCAGUCCUGGCAACCUCGAUGACUGAAACGAACAGUGAAAGAAAGACACGUUUGGCCGACCUGGUUUCCAGAUAUUCAGAUGGCCUGGGAGAGAGUCACGUAGUCAUUCUGACUGGCUCGACAGGAAAUCUUGGUGAAUAUUUGCUACAUGAGCUUCUGCGCGAUCGUGGUGUUUCUAAAGUUUACUGCCUGAACCGAGACCCAGAUGCUGCCUCCACGCAGUGGGAAAGUAUGUACCCAAAAGGUCUUGUAACAUUCAGCCAAUUCAUACGUCGCGUGGAGUUCCUCGAGGCAAACUUCGGCUUGGAGAGGCUUGGGCUCGAGGAUGAAAAAUAUGAGGCUCUACUGCUGGAGGUUGACACCAUCAUCCAUAAUGCCUGGGAGGUGAACUUCAACCACCAAGUCGAGAGUUUCGAGAAUCCUCAUAUUCUAGGGGUCCGCGAACUGAUUGACUUCAGUAUCGCCAGCGAAAAAACGGCCCAUGUCCACUUCGUCUCGUCCAUUGCAACUAUUGAAGGAUACGGUUUCGACAAGGGACCUUCUAUUCCCGAAAUCAUUUUCACUGACCCGACUGUAGCCCUUCGUCAAGGAUAUGCAGAAUCAAAGCAUGUGUCCGAGAGGAUUUGUGCCGGUGCGUCGAUCAAAGCCGGCGUUCCCACGAGCAUCCACCGCGUGGGUCAAAUUGGUGGACCGACCACCAUGAAUGGAAUGUGGAAUAAGAAGGAAUGGUUGCCAUCCUUGAUCGUGACAUCAAAGACUAUCAAACAAAUCCCAUCAUCGCUAGGAUCUGCGACAGUCCAAUGGGUCCCGCUGGAUAUCACUGCAAAGGUCAUUACUGAAAUUGUUCGCUCACGUCGUGCCACCCAGGAGGAUGAACGUUGUGCAGCAUUCCAUAUUGUCAACCCGAACGCCACAAAUUGGGAGUCUCUUAUUCCAUCUGUGACCCAAUACUUUGACGCCGAGCCAGUUCCUUUCCAGCAGUGGAUUCAGACCCUAGAGUCUUUCGCCAGCCCUACCGAAACGGAUCUUCAAGACAAGCCCGCUCUCAAGAUUCUUGACUUCUACAGAACUAUCGCAAAGGGCGAUGAACACCGUCCAUGGACUGAGACCACCAAAGCACAAGAAGCCAGCAAGACCCUUCGACAGCUCGAAGCAGUCGAUGCUGAUCUUAUGACGACGUGGAUGGUCCAGUGGGGUUUCUUUUUCUAUCACUCACCAUCCCUCUAA